GCCGGUGCCGUCGCCGCAUUCAGCGUGGACCUGAUCGUCUACCCGCUUGAUACGCUCAAAACUCGGAUUCAGUCGCCCUCAUACCGGACGCGCUACCUCGACGCGAAGACGCAGGCCGUCAAUCGGCAUGCCCUGUUCCGCGGACUAUACCAAGGCGUGGGCAUGGUGGUCAUCGCAACAUUGCCAUCUUCAGGAGCGUUCUUCACCACCUACGAAGCUAUCAAAGCGACUCUAACCCGUAUCAACCCUACCCUCCCCUCCGCCUCCAUCCCAUUCCUCCCUACCCCCAUCAUCCACGCCACCGCCUCCUCCAUCGCCGAGCUCGUCUCCUGCGCCAUCCUCACCCCCGCCGAAGUCAUCAAACAAAACGCCCAAAUGCUCUCCUCCACCUCCUGUCCAUCCACCCCCUCCUCCCUCCUCCACUCCUCCCCCUCCCUCCUCACUCUCCGCAAAUUCCGCUCGCACCCCCUCCACCUCUGGCAUGGCUAUUCUGCCCUCGCCUCGCGCAACCUCCCUUUCACCGCGCUGCAGUUCCCGCUGUUCGAGCAGCUAAAGUUGUUUCUGCGGGGGAGGUUGGAAAGGUCGGGGAGGGCGACGGGGAGCUUGUGGGAGACGACCGCGGUGACGGCCGGGGCGGCGGGGAUGGCGGGGAGUGUGGCGGCAUGGGUGACGACGCCGGUGGAUGUGGUGAAGACGAGGGUGAUGUUGAGGGCGGCGGAGGCGACGGGGAACGGAAAUGGGAAUAGGGAUGGAAAGCCGAUAUUGGAUGCAACGGGCCAUAGGCAUGUGCGUGUGUUCGCGAAGUCGGAGAGUUCGUGGGCGGUUGGGAAGAGAAUAUUGGCGGAGGAGGGAGCGAGAGGUUUGUUUCGAGGGGGGGCGUUGCGGUUUGUGUGGACGUUGGCUGGGAGUGGUCUGUAUUUGGGCGUGUAUGAAACUGGGAGGGUCUACUUAGCCAGGAGACGGGGCGAGAAGUUGAAUGAAGGGGACAUGCUGUAG